AUGGCCAGCUCCGGAUCGCGGGUGGCUUCGUCCGCUAUCGCAUCCACGUCAUCCUCCAAACUCGCCCACAUCCCAGGAUGGACCGUGAUCGCACACUACUCUCGCUCGCACCGCAAAUCCACCUUCCUCAUUGGCGUCUUUACCGGUCUCGUUCUCGGUCUCGGCUCCAUCACAUCCGUCUUCUUCCUCGCCGAACGACGUGAGCGGAGGAGACGUCGUAGAAAGCUCCGCUCGUAUGGUCUCGACGAUGAAGAUGAGGAAGAACGUAGACGCCGAGAGCUUCGUGGCAGGGAUCCGAUCCAGAUUCGAUCCGGUCAGGUGGUCAGCGGUGUCGAAGGCUUGAUCGGCAACACACCGCUCAUGCGCAUAAAUAGCCUUUCCGAUGCUACGGGCUGCGAGAUCUUGGGCAAAGCAGAGUUCCUCAACCCUGCUGGUUCGCCAAAGGACCGCGUGGCAUUGCAGAUCCUCAAAGAUGCCGAGGACGAAGGUUUGCUGUAUCCACACACGGGAAGCUGCAUCUUUGAAGGUACGGUGGGAAGCACGGGAAUCUCCCUCGCAACGCUGGCUCGAGCCAAGGGCUAUCGCUGUUCAAUCGUGAUUCCAGACGAUGUGGCGAGGGAGAAGGUCGAACUGCUCGAGAAGCUCGGUGCAGAGAUCCAAUCUGUUCGCCCACGAGGCAUCGUCGAUCCCCGCCACUUUGUCAACGAGGCACGAUCUCGUGCUGAAGCUUUUGGAGAAGUGGAACUCGUCGGUCCUCAUCCCACCGAAUUCGGUGCUUCCGGAUAUGCAGGCUCGGACGGAGGCCAGGGCGAAGAGUACGUCCAUCGGGACGAUCUCGUCGUGUCCACCAGAAGAUCACGCAACACAGACGAUCCAGCCGCCGACGUCGUCAACGAAAGUCAAGCUCGCGGUUUCUUUGCAGACCAGUUCGAGAACCCGUCCAACUUUUGGGCGCACUACAACGGAACGGGACCCGAGAUCUGGCGUCAAACAGGUGGAUUGAUCGAUGCAUUCGUUGCAGGUGCGGGUACAGGUGGUACAUUGUCAGGGUGUGCAGCAUUCCUCAAGCGCGUCUCGUGCGAUCCGGAUGAGUCGAAGCAGGGAGGCGGAUUCAUUCGUCGAGCUGGAUCGGCGCAGGAGGUUAGAGUGGUGCUUGCGGAUCCGCAGGGGAGUGGACUGUACAACAAGGUCAAGUACGGCGUCAUGUACAGCGCCACCGAAGCCGAGGGGAAGCGCAGACGGCAUCAGGUGGAUUCGGUGGUCGAAGGGAUCGGCAUCAACCGCAUCACGCGAAACCUUCAGAUGGGCCUGCAGUGCAUCGACGAUGCCGAGCAGGUGAGCGACGACCAAGCUGCACGCAUGGGUCGCCACCUCAUCCUCAAUGACGGACUCUUUUUGGGAUCUUCGUCGGCCGUGAACUGCGUUGCUGCUGUGCGAACAGCGUUGAAGCUCAAACGUCAGCGAGGCAGCGACCCGCCCCCCGUGGUGGUCACCGUUCUCUGCGAUUCGGGAUCGCGUCACCUCUCCAAGUUCCACAACGACGACGCACUCCUUCGUCUUGGUGUGUCGGACGCUGGAAGCAGUGACAUCUCCGACAUUCUCUCUGAUAUCGACUAG